UCUCCCCACGUGUCUGCACGCCGCACCUCUCUCUACACGCACGCGUCUCUCCCAUCUCCCCCUUCCCCUCUCUCUCCACAUUAUCUCUUUCUUUUUGCUUACUCGCUGGUGACCGACAAUGAAGGCCUCUCUCCGGCGAGCUCCCUUCUCCCUCUAGUAAGCUUUCUUCGGCAACCAGGUUAGCCUUCUUUUUCGACGCUGAUCCCCACUGUGUCAUCGUCCUAGCCUCACCAACGAGAUCUUUAGCUUUGGCUAGCCAGCAUCAACAGGAAUCAACGUGUCGCCACACCCCUGCCCGGCACAGCCUUCCCCUCGCUUUACCCUGCCACCAACACCAGCCCUCCACCGGUUGCUGACCCCCGUGGCUCCGCGACAGUGCCACCGCAUUGCUCGCCCUUGUUUGCCACCCAACGCCGGUCCGCCGCCUCACAAGCCCUCCCUCUAAGCCCGAUCCCCACUUACCUCUCUCUAAUGCCACUUUCCCUCCACCACACUCUCGAAGUUCUAACCCUAACUAUAGCUUGUCGUCAUGUGGUCGAAAACUGCGUGCGACGUUCCUCCCUAGCGAGCACGCGUUAAUUAGGAUUGCUAUUAAAUACUCCCUCCGUUUUACAAUGUAAGUAAUUCUAGUAUUUCACACAUUUAUAUUACAUUUAUAUUGAUGCUAAUGAAUCUAGAUAUAUAUUAGAUAUAUAUUGUGAAACGGAGGUAGUACUUAAAUACAUCCACUUGUGGCGUACUACUAAUUUAUUACCACUAAGAAAAAAAAUAACAUAGGCAACCUCUGGAUGGGCCCUAGAGCGACACGGUUCGGACAUUUGGCCCAUCAACACAAAACGACAAAACAAGACAUAACCCUAACAACAGGAGUAGUCGCUCUCGCUCUCACGCCACUUCGCUAGUACUCCACCUCCCACUCCACUCCGGACUCCCACGCCACACGACUCCACUCCACUCCCCAAACCCUCGCGUCCUCCUCCCUCCCUCCCUCCCGCGCGCCGCCGCCGCCGCCGGCCACCAUGGAGCUCGGCAAGGAGGCCCUCGUCGGCGUCAGCAUGGACCACAUGCGAUCCUCCAUGCAGCGCGGCGGCCUGCCGCCGGAGAUGCUGGAGGUCGGCAUGGAGCUGAUGCGGGUCCUCGUGGGGGACUCCAUCCCGGACCCGCCCGUCUCCACCCUCCCGCGCCUCGCCCCCGCCGCCGCCGCGCGCGCCCCCGCCGACGGCGUCGACCGCAUCAGCCGCCUCCCCGACGAGCUCCUCCGCGACGUCGUGUCCCGCCUCCCCGCCAGGGACGGCGCGCGCACCGCCGCGCUGUCCACGCGCUGGCGCGGCGUCUGGCACUCGGUGCCCCUGGCGCUCGUCGACGCCCACCUCGCACCGCAGGGACGCGGCGGCGGCGGCGUCGUUGCCGCCGUGUCCCGCGUCCUCGCCGCGCACCCGGGCCCCUUCCGCUGCGCGCACCUCACCACCACCUCCAUGGAGGCGCACCGGGGCGAGGUCGCGCGCUGGCUCGAGGCCCUCGCCGCCAAGGGCGUCCAGGACCUAGUGUUUGUCAACCGCCCGUGGCCGCUCGACCUCCGCCUCCCGGCCGCGCUCUUCGCCUGCUCCUCCCUCACCCGCCUCCACGUCGGCGUCUGGCGCCUCCCGGACACCCGCGCCGUCCCGCGCGGCGCCGCCUUCCCCCACCUCCGUGAGAUGGUGCUCUCCUGCGUCGUCAUGGAGGACCGGGACCUCGCCUUCCUGCUCGACAGGAGCCCCGCCCUGGAGAAGCUCGCCAUCAUCACGUGCCAAGACGGCGCCCGCGUCCGCCUCACCAGCCGCAGCCUCCGCAUCUUGCAGGUCUGCCUGACCGUCGUCAACUACGUCGACGUGGUGGACGCGCCGCGCCUGGAGCGGCUCAUGCUCUGGAUGACGAGCAAGCACCGGAGCUGCCUCUCCUCCAUGGUCAAGAUCCGCAAUGCGCCCAAGCUGCGGUCGCUGGGAUUCAUGGAGCCUGGAAUGCACGAGCUGGAGAUCGGCAGCACCAUCAUCCAGGCGGGGAUGAAAUUGAGCCCAAGCACUGUUGUCCCGAGUGUCAAGAUCUUGGCACUAGAGGUGAAAUUCACAGUCCGCUAUGAAGCCAGAAUGCUUCCAAGCUUCCUCAAAUGCUUCCCCAAUGUCGAGACUCUCCAUAUCCAUUCUGCAGUUGAAGAUGAGCCAACCGGCAAGAGCAAGCUCAAUCUCAAGUUCUGGCAGGAUGCCGGCCCGAUCGAGUGUGUCCAGCACCACAUCAAGAAGGUGAUCAUGCGCGAGUUCCGCGGAACAAAGAGCGAGCUCACGUUCCUCAAGUUCGUCGCGGAGCGUGCGCGGAAGCUGGAGAGGAUGGUCGUCGUGGUGACCAAUGGAUGCUUCUGCUCGUCGGGCUGUCAAGGAGAUACGCAGGCUCAGAUGGAGACCCUCAUGGCUUCCGCGAAAUGGGCCAGCGAAGGGAGUAAGCUGGUAGCAUUCGAGAACCCUCACUCUCAGGUUGGAACUCCAGCUUGGAGCUUCCAAUUUGCAUUCAAUUUUGAUUGGAGUGACCCUUUCGAUUAUGGCUACGAUCAAGCAUCCCUGGGUGAGCCUGUCAGUAAAAGGAAAGCAACAGAGUUAAAGUCACUGGGUAAUAAGGCGGUCGAGAAAAAGGAUUAUCUUUCUGCAACAGGAUUCUACAGUCAGGCAGUGGACCUUUACCCUGAUGAUGCAACCUUGUUCUCAAAUAGAAGCCUUUGCUGGCAUCACAUGGGUGAUGGACACAAGGCUUUGUUGGAUGCUUAUGAAUGCAGGAAAUUGCGGCCUGACUGGCUGAAGGCCUACUACCGACAGGGUGCUGCUCUGAUGCUACUGAAGGACUAUGAGAGUGCUUGCGAAACACUUUACGAUGGAUUCAAGUUGGAUCCAGGGAACUCUGAGAUGGAGGAUGCAUUACGGGAAGCUCUGGCGUCCUUGAAGGCAUCUGCAAGCACGGAGGCUAGGGCAGAGGACCUCCUCUCGCUAGCAUUAGCAUUGCCACUCCACUCCGCCAUCAUUCCACGUUCCGGGAGCCCAGCCAUGGCGCCGCCUCUCCCCAGCGAUCCCCGGGCGCCGACGCGGCGGCUCCUCCAGGCAGCGGCGGACGGCGACCUCGCCGCCUUCAAGAGGAUCGCGGGCAAGCUGGACGGCGGGAAGGGCCGCCUCCGGGAGACGGUGGAGGGGGUGAGGGACCGGGGCGCCGGGGCGCUGCACGUCUCCUCCGGCCGCGGGAUGCUCGCGGUGUGCUCGUACCUGGUCGAGGAGCUCCAGGUGGACGUCGACGCCGCCGACGAUUCAGGCGAUACACCUCUGGCUUAUGCAGUUCGUGGUCGUUCCAUCGAUGGUGUGAAGUAUCUUCUUGACCAUGGUUCCAAUCCAGAUAAGCCUGAUAAUAAAGGAUAUACACCUCUCCAUGUGGCAGCUAUUAAAGGAGAGUGUGAAAUAGCAAAAAUCUUACUCUCAAGAGGUGCUCAUGUUGACUCAUUUUCUUCUCAUGGGACACCACUGCAUCUUUCUGCUUUCUGCCAGCAGGAUGGUGUGAUGAAGAUUUUGUUGGACCACCAUGCAGAUUUUAACAAGCUACUCAAACCUGUGUUUACACCUCUCAUCAUGGCUCUCAAUGCUGGCUCGCUGAAAUGUGUUGUGCUUCUGCUUAAGGCUGGUGCUGAUGUGAAGGGUGUUGGUACGGUAACUCCCUUAAUAACUGCUGCAAACAACGGGCAAACUGACUUCUAUAAGUGCUUACUGGAGGCUGGUGCAGAUCCUAAUGUUCCAGAUGAAUUCGGCCACCUUCCAAUAGAACUCGCUGCAUAUAACAAUAGGAGGAAAGAUGUUGAGAUCUUACUUCCCGUAACUUCUCGUAUUCCAUCUGUGUGUGACUGGAGUGUUGAUGGGGUAAUUAGUUAUGUGAAAUCGUGUCCAUCGGUGGAGGAUGACCCUAUGUACAAAAUGAGUCCAGCUGAUAUGAAGUUAGCAGCAAGUGAGGCAUACAGGAGACAAGAUUACAUUACUGCAAUGAAGCUCUAUACUAGGCUAACAGAUAUCUGCCCGCAUGAUGCAACCCUAUUCUCAAAUAGGAGCCUUUGCUGGCUUAAGAUGGGUGCAGGGGUCAAUGCAUUGCAGGAUGCUCAAAUUUGCAGGUUGAUGCAUUCUGACUGGUCGAAGGCAUGCUAUCUGGAAGGUGCUGCUCAAAUGUUACUGAAGGACUUUGAAAAGGCAUGUGAUGCGUUUUUUGAUGGACUCAAAUUGGAUCCAGCAAGUGAUGAGAUUGCAGAAGCAUUAAGGAAAUCUUUCGAAUCCUUGAAGAUAUCUCAUGCUGCCAAAGUGGGUAUUGGAUUGCCAUCUUCUCAGAAGAAAAUCAUAAGAUAAUCUGCCAGCGUAGCGCUGUUGCAAAGGCCGUUUUGUGAAAUACCCCACCUGGUCUUGUAAAUAGUUCCUAAACAACUGAACAAGCUCAACGACUCUUACCAAAGUUUCGUCUCUGAAGAAAGUCGGUGGGUUGCCUCGGAGGUAAGGUACUCCCUCCGUUUCACAAUGUAAGUCAUUCUAGCAUUUCCACAUUCAUAUUGAUGCUAAUGAAUCUAGACAUAUAUAUCUAUUUAGAUUCAUUAGCAUCAAUAUGAAUGUGAAAAAUGGUAGAAUGAAAGUAGCUGGCUCACAGGAAGACUCCGGUUUAGAUCCUGAACUAAUACGGGCAGACAGGCACCUUUGUACAUUCUGUGUUACUACCUUCUUUAAUCUUGACGUUGUAUAGCCUGACGUGCGGCUCCUCAAUCAAAUGAUCGUUUCGUUU